UUAUAACAUUGGUGUUUAUAUUACUAUGUUACUUUCUUUAAACAUUUCAUCCGGCGACUUAAGCGAAUAGUAUUUUAUGUCCUAUCCUGUACCUAUGUGUUUUACAAAGCAAGCGUAAUACUGCGUUUAUAUCAAGUGCACUUCCGUAAUCAGGCUUGUUUUCCGCAGCGAAGAGUUUAUCUGGCUAGUUAGCACUUUAGCAUGCUAAGCCAGCAGUUUCCUCCUCUAGAGCACUACGACUGUCUCUGGUCGCUUACUCCUCACGCACACUCCCCUCAAAGCGUUUUAAAUGUCCCUGAAAAUGCGUAAACACGUAGUAAUGUCAUUAAAACAUUUUAAUACUGAAUCGCAUAGAUGUUUUGAACCACUAAUGUAGCUUAGCUCAAACAGUUGCAGGCGUCUGAGGUUUUUAGCCUGCUAACGUUAGCAGCUGUAGCUUUAAUAUAACUGUUCGUUUGAUUUAUGCAGGCGCAAAAUUAUUCCAACCUCGAAAUUUAGUCAAAAUGCUGCUUUAGCCAAACUCUAGUUCUUAGAGGUUCCGAUGAAUUUUAUUUAUUAUUUAUAAUCGUAUUAGCUAGUAACGAGGGCAAGUUUAAAUCAAGUAAAGUUGCAAACUGUUGAAUUUAGUUACUGUUGAAAAGUGAUCACUUUUGUAUCUUAUUUUAACCCUACUCUUUCUAUGAAGCUUGCCAAUUUAAAUAAAUCUACCGCCAUACGCAGUACGUUUUGCUAGCCCUGUCAGCCAACUGGCAAGUGUUUAUUUGGGUUGAGAUCUGAGGUCCUUGUACACGUUGUGUCAAUGGGGGCAGUGCUGAGUGUUUAGUACUUAAGUAUAUAUAGUAGAGCUUUUUAAUGUAAAGUGCUACAGUGGGCCUUUGAUGGAUUUACUCUAAUGCCUGCCUGCGAAUGUCCCACCCAGUGAAUAACUCCUGUCUAAGGUUUAGUCUCGCACAGAUCAAAAGGACAGUAUGGCCGCCACUGUCGCAGUCAGCCCAAGUGAAUAUCUUCAGCCCUCCAACAACACUUCUCAAGAUUCUCAGCCCUCCCCACUGGCUCUUCUGGCAGCUACUUGCAGUAAAAUUGGGCCCCCCGCUGCUCAAGCCCCCGUCAGCACACCACCGGCUCAGCCAACCACACGCCGUCUGCACCCCAUCAAGCCCGCCCCUAUUGCUCCGGCUCCACCCAAAAACCUUGGGUUCCUCUCUGCAAAAGGGAAUGUUAUCCAGCUGCCUGCAGGCCUUGGGUCCUCAGGAGCCAGCCCCAUUGUUUUUACUAUUCAAAGUCCUUCACGUCCAGCAGGCACAUCCACUGCCAACAUCCAGUACCAAAUGAUCCCUCAGUUCCAGGGGUCUCAGACCAUUCAGAUGGUGCCUCAGGGAGGACAGAUCCAGAUCAUCCCCGGAACCAACCAGGCUAUUAUUACGUCACCUAUGACCGUUCAGGCUUCCACACCUGCCCCGCCACCUUUGGCACCAGCACCGGUUCCCCAGCAGAAGACUGUAGCGAUCAAGCCAUCCUCGCAAAAGCGUCGGCAAAAUAAUGCCAAUAUAAAUACCAACGUUGUACGACUUCCUAGCGGACUCACGCUGCCGCUCAAUGUUGCCACGAGUGAUGUGGGAGGAGCUCAUGUUGUUACAGAGACUGCAGCGGCACCAGUGAAGGGCAAGAGGGGGAGGAAGAGACAAUUGGCUGUGGCCCCGCCCACCCAUGUCCCUCAACCAGCAUCGCCGUCACCUGUGGCUGAGCAGGUUGAAGCGUUGGUAAUAGAGACCACAGCUGACAAUAUAAUUCAGGCAGGGAACAAUCUCCUGAUCGUACAGAGUCCAGGAGGGAAUCAGCCUGCUAUGGUGCAGCAGGUUCAGUAUGUUCAGCAGAAAUCGGAUCAACAGGUUGUUCAGAUUCCUUCACAGGCUCUAAAAGUGGUACAGGCUGCUUCUGCAACACUUCCCCCUGUACCACAUAAACCCACCGUCACACCCAGUAUGCAUAUGUCCUCCCAAGAACCCACACAGGUGCUAAUUAAAACAGCCUCGGGUGAGUGGCAGGCUGUACAGAUCCAGGAGACGACGGUUACCACGCCGACCACACCCACCAGCAACCCCAUACCUGCAGUGGUCUCGAAGAAGGCUCAAACAGGGACACGGAAAGAGAGAAUGCUCCCUAAGAUUGCCCCGGCUGGAGGAGGUCUUAUAACAUUGAAUGCAGCUCAGCUAGCUUCUGCUGCUCAGGCUGUUCAGACCAUUAAUAUUAAUGGUGUCCAGGUGCAGGGUGUUCCUGUGACUAUCACCAACGCUGGGGGCCAGCAGCAUCUGACAGUGCAGACAGUUCCAGGUGGUGGUCUACAGCUGGGAAGUGUUCAGACACAAACAAUGCAGGUAGAGCCAACACAGACACUCGCACUGGAACUGCAGAGUCAGCCAGGGGAGAAGAAACGGCGCAUGGCCUGCACCUGCCCAAACUGCAAAGAUGCAGAAAAGAGGCCAGGGGAGGUGGGGAAGAGAAAACACAUCUGCCACAUUGCAGGCUGUGAAAAGACCUUCCGAAAGACCUCCCUGCUCCGAGCUCAUGUCCGUCUUCACACGGGAGAAAGACCCUUCGUGUGCAGCUGGGUUUUUUGCGGAAAACGAUUCACACGCAGCGAUGAACUGCAGCGACACGCUAGGACACACACGGGAGACAAACGAUUUGAGUGCAAUAAGUGUCAGAAACGUUUCAUGCGGAGUGACCACCUCACGAAGCAUUACAAAACGCACAUCAACACAAAGAACAUGUGAAGACUGUGUUUCAAGAACUUUUGGGGAUACUAAAGGAAAACUCUCAUCCAGGGCUUGAAGGAUAGAAGGCCAACCCCACUUCAUGUGUACAAUGUGGCCCUGGAUAGUCACCUGUUCAUACCAGCCUUUCAGGCUUGAUUACACUCCUGCUGUCCCUUUUAACUCAUCCUCAUUGUCAGAGGAAGGCUGGCAGGCCCAAAGGUUCAGUAAGACCUAAAGCAUUGUCCUCAUCUGAGAUUCAUUAACAUGGUUAUAAGCAGUUGGAGAGGAUGUCUUUUCAGGAUGAAUUUCACCACCAACAGGCACUUCAGUCAAAAAUAGGAGAUUCUUCUCUUCCCUAAUUAAAAAAUUGACAUGUUCUUUUUAUUUUAAGAUAUCAUGCCCCCCACAUGAUGUGUAGCAGCUAUUGGACAGGGUUUUCUGGCUUUUAUUGUCUAAAUGUUUGUUUUCAUACAUACAAACAUACGUGUACAUACAUCAGCACAUUUGAAUACAAAAGUAAUGCUUUGGGCAAACUCUUCACCCCUUCUCCUGGAACUUCUGUUGUUUAAUGGCUUAUAACAAGUCAGGUUUUAAAUGGAAAGCUUAAAAGUUGCUUGGUUGCUAAAAGUUCAGUUGGUUGUCCUUUUAAUAUUUUGAUGCUUUUUUGCUUUUACAUUUCCAUGGUUAGACAAUCAUGUCUUGUGUACAGAGGAGAUAAGGUAAAUAUCAACAGGUGUUAAGAUGUUUUCCACCUGUUUAUUUACUAUACAAAAUGAGGCAUAAGUUAUUAAGAGAAAAACUUAUUAAACCAAUAUCAGUGCACAUAUGCUUUGUGUGUCUUUGUUUAGAGAUUGCUUAUGUGUCUUGUAAAAUGUAGAUAAACAAGAAUGUUUUCAGUUGUAAACUCAAAGCAGGAAGGCAUUUCCAUGGAGUUGAAGAUCAUUAAAAUGAAAACCAUUGAGAAUGUUUUUAUCUAAUCUUCAUUACAGGUACGCCAGCUACAGAUUGAUCGAUUCAAUAGUUCUAUGUAGUCAUUCCAUUUGUUUUUUGUCCAAGCUCUCUAAAAAGCCUUACAAAGAAAAAUAUCUGUGCUCAUGUAUGUUUGUAUAGUGUCCGAAUUCAUACUAUUGUGUUUGGAGUGUAAAAUGUAGGAUAAUUGUUACACAAAUUUGUAUUGGCUGGUGUCGCCAAGCAUACGAUAUGGACUGUGUACAGUGUAAAUGAGAUGGAAAACAAAAUUGUAUAUUUUCAUUCCUAUAAUACGCAAGACUAAUAGAUUACCCUUUUUAUUGACUAAAAGUUGCCUUAGUCUGCAGCACGCCAUAUUUAAAGAGAUUUGUCCUUUUCCAGAGAACUGCAUUUGUAGACCUGCUUUAUUUUUGUGUCUAAUUUAUAAAGUGUUAAGAAAUGCCAAUUUAUGUGCACUGACCAAAUUCAGGGUUUUCACUGAGUGGAUAAUUUAAUUACUUGGUUCAUGUACCUGCAUUUGAUUUGACAGAAUUAAAGUUCUUUAUCCUUGAAAUACGUUGCAUUUAAAGAGCCCCGGCUUAGAAAAUUGGUAGAUAAACCUGUGUUUGUAUUACUUGUAUUAAGGAGCUUAGACCAGAGAACUUGCUAUCUUUUUCUACAGUCAGACCACCUCUUCCACUCACCUAAUAAAGCGUAACACAAAACAGUCA